AUGGAAAAGUUUUCAGGUUGGAGAGAUAGAGGAACUGGGAUUUCCCCAUUUAUGCCUCAAGCAUUGCCUACAUUUAAAAAGAAUAUCAUUGCGUCAAUUUUCUACAAGUUACCACUUUUCUUUCUUAAAUUACCAUUUUUCAUUAUUGCCUCAAUCUUGUACACCAUUACAGGUUUUACAUCUAUAUUAAGUUUUGUAUUUUCUAUUCUAUUUGGAUUUAGCAACAUAGAAUAUUCAGUUGAUGGUGUCAAGAAAUCCCAACUGGAUCAAUUGGCUGCAUAUAAGCCAAAGAAGGGUGACUUGAUUGUUGCUAAUUAUAUUACACCAAUGGAUGGUUACUUCUUUGCAUUGUUAAGUGGUACUUCAAACAUAGUCAUCUUGGUCCCAGAUAAAAGUGGUGAUUUAUAUCAAUACUCCCCAUCUUCAUUGUCUGACAGUACUUUUGCCUUUGCUGUUGGCUCUAAAGUUGAAGAUGUUUCUAAAUUCAAAAAGAAAAUUGUAUUUUUGUUAUUAGAAGGUACUCCAUCUAACAAUAAAGCAAUCUUGCCAUUUGUUAAAUUAAAUCCAAAGUAUUCCUUUGAAGAGUUUAAUAUCAAAUCAUUGGUAUUGAGAAUAAGUCCAACUUAUUUCACUUUACCUAUUCCAAAUAUUGGUAAAUUGCAAUACUUCUUUGAAUUGGUAGCUAGCGUGAACACAAAGAACCUUCGUGCUAAGAUUUACAAGUUUGAUAGUUUUAAUGUUCCCCAGAUUAGAAAAUCUUUUGAAUUGAAUUCCUUAGCUUCUGUCGGUGGUGAAUUGGAUAUUGAUUCUAAGAACAAGUUUAUCAAAUAUUAUGCUGAUCAUAGUAUUAAAAUAAACUAA